UACUGCGUGCUGGAGGUUCACAACGUUUCAGUUUUCGAUUUUUUUGAAAUUUUGUUUAUUGUUUAUUCACACGCCUAUAAGCAUUGUGGACAUUGCGUUUACUGUUGUGUAAGAUUUAUCUCACUUAUUAGUGGACGGUAUCCAGAAUUUAUUCCUGAGAAUGGAGUCGGACUCAACUUCAAGUCAGUCCGUGGACGAUCUGGGGAUGGAGCAUCAGCCAAGUGGCAGCGGGAACGUCUCGCGUUCUGCAUUUUCUUUACCACCCGAUGAGGAACUGAUUUUAAUGUCCCUCACUCAGCUGAAGUACUACCUCGAAUACGCAACAUGUACAGAAGAAGAAGAAGAGCGCAUCAUGCAAAAACGGAAAAAGCUUCAGGCGAAGAAGGCUAAUGAAAAACGCUCCAUCAGAAUGCAGCUGCAACGACAACAGGCUAAAGAGAAGAUUGCCAACGAAAAACUGAAUGGUGUUUACCGUAAUCCUUCUACAUUGGAGACGCUCAUCAUAAACCGGUCUCCCCUGGUUAAACCGGCCUACGCCAGAAAGGUGUCCAAAUAUUUGGUCAGAACAUUCAAAACCGAACCGGAGACGCUGCGGAAAAUGUGCAUCGCAUUGUCCGCGGGUGAUACUUCCGCUACGGACUGUGUUGUCUGCCGGGACGACCUUCACGUCAGGCUUCAUGGAAACGAAAUUCCCCUGCACGAGGCUGUUAUUCGAGCAUUCCGGGGACCGGCGUUGCGGUUGAAGCAGCAGAAGACCUGCCGUUCGACAGACGGGGAGGUCUGUAUCAAUCCCUACCAUUACGAGCGCCGGGCGAAAGCGAAGAUGGUCCGCGGUUCCAUCUGCGUUGUCUAUGGUUGCAAUAAUCGCUCGGACGGGUCGUCCGGUCUGUCGUUCUUCCGCGUUCCUAAAAACCGCGAUACCGAGCGGUACCGGGCCUUCUUUGCGUUUGCACGCCGACAAGAUCUGGAACAAACGGGAUUCCUCAACCAUCACCGGAUAUGCAGUCAGCACUUCCGCCCCGAAGACAUGAGACAUACUGGGAAAAAGACUCUGUUGUUACCGACAGCUGUACCGACGCAAAGGUGUCCAUCGAAUUAAGAUUGUUCGAUUUCGUGUAGAUUGGUUUUUUACUGCAUUUUCUUUCAUACAGCUGACACGUAUGCGUCUCCAGUAUUGCUACUUAAGCUGCUUUUUGAUCGCCUUUUAUGGAUCUUGUUGAAGAUUUUUGUAUUUGGAUUCGUUAAAAAAAUACGCCUGUUCGCCGUUCGAUCGAUAUCCGGAUCCAAAAAAGCCAAUUUAUUUUGUACUUCCUUAUUCCAAUAUUCGUUUAUCUUACCAUUAGUG